AUGUGUGCUUCACCAGCUUUAUGUAUUGCACCACGUCAUGUCUAUGCUGGAAUUAUAUCCAAUAAAACAAAUAAACCAGUGUUAUGUACGAUUCAUUAUUCUUCGAAGGCAAAUAAUAAUGCUGACGAAUCAAUUUCUGUAACACUUGAUUCUGGUGGUCGAGCUUUUAUACCUGAACGAGAAUAUCAACCAACACCAGAAGCAACAUUUACUUGUCGUAAAAUUGUCUCUCGAAUCGAUGUUCAAGCCGAUAAACAAUCAUUUUCAUUAGAACAACCUUUUGAUGGUGUUACAUGUCCAGUAACAGAAUGGAAAUUCGAUAUACAUGAUGAACGUAUUGCUUCAAUUAAUCCAAAUAUGCAAACAUAA